CUUUGCUUCUCCUCCCACGCAACUUCCCCUCCCCUCGCUCUUUCCACCCUCGAGCGGCGGCAGCUAGGGUUGCCGCCGUCAGACGCGCCACUGGCUUGCCGGCCGCCGCCACCUCACCUCCCCUUCCCUCUCCCAGUGCCCGCCCUCCUCUCCCCUCUCUUCCCCAUUUCUCCCUUUUAUCCUCUCAAGCCUGAACUAAAGCGGCGGACAUCCAACUCCAGGUCCAUGGAGGUGGCCGGCAUGAGGGCCAUCGACCUUGGCUGCCUUAUGGCUGAGGGGCGACGGCCAUCCCAGGGCAGAGGGAGCCGCUGUCGCUGGAGGGAGAUGGUGGUCCAGUCGAUGGCGUCGCGGUUCGGCUUGGCUGUGGGCGGCAAAUGGGUACGAGGUGGUGUUCGAUGCCACGCCUCGCCAGUAUCCAGCGUAUCUAGCAGUAAGAUUUAUGGGUGGUCUUUCUCUCCGGCCCCUUCCGCACCAUCAUGGACGUCAUCGAGUUCUGGAGAAGAUCCUCUACCAGGUGAUCGGCGCUGAUGCUACGGUGGUCCUCAUGGUGCCCGAGCCCGACGAUUGUUGCGGCGCUUCGCCCAAUCUUACCUUGAUGUUCUUGCAAUCGCUGCCCGGACUAGAGGCUCAACCCUUGGAUCCCUCAGUCUCGCUGGGCCAGGGAUCCCGUCCGCGCCGCGUCGCCACCGGCAUGGAGGCCCGGACUCGGGCAGCCGCAGCGGUGUCGGGUGUGCCGGCGAGGUCUCUAGGGACUGCGUGGUGGGCAUGACCUCUCCCGGCUCCCUGCCCCUGCCCACGGCGACGAGUACCAGGUCGUGUUGCGCCUCCAGUCCCAACUCAUGGUCAUGUUGGACAAGCCCCACGACGUGCCUUCGAUUCGGUUGUGGCGUGCGCUGGAAAAUGUACGAUGUUCUCUGAUGCGUACCAGGAGGUUUGGUCAGUCGAGGUCAGGUAUGAGUAGCUCCUAAGGCUAAUGGAUGGAUGGAUGUGUGUAUGUAUGGAUGGAUAUCAGGGUCAUGUUGCUUGGUGAGCAAAGGCCGGGGGUACAACCUCCUUUUCGGUAAAAAAUGAGGGGCAGUGAUGAUGACUCUGGCUGAAAUAAGCAUGUCUUGAGCAAUCAAGACUGAUGUGGCCUGUGGGUACUAAAUUAGAGCCCACCCUUACCUCUCUUGCAGCCUGUUCAAUUCAUCGGUAAUGUUGGAUGUUCUGCACCUCGGAUGGUCGUUCUGACAAGCGAUAACCAUGGCAGUUCGUUUACAUUGCGAUGGGUAUGUUAUGCAACAAGAGAUGUGAGUGUUGCGCUUGAAGAUCAAAGACAAAACCGUGCCCUCUUUUGUUGUGCUACAAAUACACAAAAUUUCCUUAUCUACUAUACAAUGUUCUUCUUUCUUUUCCAUUCCUCUAUUGUGUUGAUGUGAAUGAAGAUCCAUCUGGACUUGGAAUUUAUGUCUUUUUUUGGUGAUGAACUCAACCACCCUAAACUUAUUUGGAUUGAUUUAUAGUUGGGUUGUUUACAUACUCAUGGG